UUCGUCUGCUGCGCGAAGUCUUUGUUCGAAGGAUGGUUAUGGAAGAGAAUCUACGCGUUCAAUGAAUUUAGUGACAUCUCAACCAUAACUGAACCAAGAUUAGUAUUUUAAAUAAGUUUUCUAUGGCAUACUUUGACUGAUAUUUGGUGAACUCGAAAUGACUGAAGAAUCUGCUAAUUCAAUUGUUAACCGGAAUUUGUUUGUGCUUGACAGACAGAAUACAGUAUUGUUUUAUAUUCUUGGAGAAAAACACAGUUAUAUUCAAAUUUAGAUUUAUACAUCCAAAUAUUAUUGUUAGACACUGCUGAAAGAAAAAUGGGUAAGGGAAAACAUGAAACCGAGGAAUCCCUGAAAAGUGCUACACCUGAAGAUGAGGUGUCUAAUGCUGCAACUAAUGUUCCUCGUCCCCCAGAUGGAGGAUGGGGAUGGGUUGUGGUGUUCUCAUCAUUCAUUGUUCAUAUCAUAGCUGAUGGGAUUGUGUAUUCCUUUGGAGUGUUCUUCAUUGAGUUUUUGGAUUAUUUUAAAGGUGGUAAAGGAGAGACAUCAUGGGUUGGUUCAUUAGUUCCUGCUGUCACUUACAGUGUUGGGCCUUUAGCCAGUGCGUUGACCAACCGUUAUGGAUGCAGGAUUGUAACUAUUUUGGGAGCUUUUAUAUCCUCUCUAGGAUUUAUUAUCAGUAUAUUUGCUCCCAAUAUUUAUUAUCUUUACUUCACUUUUGGAAUAAUGGCAGGACUUGGAUUUGGACUGAUUUACUUACCAGCUAUUGUCAGUGUCGCCAAUUAUUUUGAGAAGAAGCGUUCAUUUGCUACAGGGCUUGCUGUUUGUGGCUCUGGAUUUGGAACCUUCAUUUUUGCACCAUUUUCAAAAUUUCUGGUCGAUCAAUUUACGUGGAAAGGAGCAGUUUUAAUUCAAGGAGGUCUUAUCCUAAAUGUUGUGGUUUGCGGAGCUCUGUUCCGACCUCUUGAAGCACCUGAAGAAAAAGAAGAAAUUAUUAUGAAAAAGUUAAAAAAAGAAGCUUCAGAUCUUGAACAACAGACAAAAACUAAAAAGGGAUCUAUUGAUCAUGAAGAAUUAAAAGUGCUUCUUACUGAAACACCAAGUGCCAUUUUCAAAAAUCGAAACUUAGAAAUUACUGAAACCCAUGCCUUAGCAAAUAGUCAUAAUCAUCUUAGCUUGCCACGUCCUACUAACGGUGCUUUAGGAAUUGCAAAUUUAGCUAGGAGUGAUGGAGCUAUACACCGAGUGCCGAAUGGCAAGUCCUCCAUCCCUCUUUCAGCUAUAUCUUUUCAAAGACAGCAUUCACAUGGCUCUACUGCUGGUCCUCUCAUGAGGAAAGAUAUUUUUUAUCAAGCUAGCUUACAGAAUAUUCCCAUGUAUAAAUCCAAUCCCGACUUCUACAUAACUAGUGUCACAUCUAUUCCUGAUGCUGGCAAGGAAGACACCGCGGCUUGGAGAUUUUGUAACUGCUGCAAGCCAUCCAUGGAAUUUAGAGAAACUAUUCAUCAAAUGUUAGAUUUUUCCUUACUAAACGAUGUGAUUUUUGUUAUGUUUGCGGUGUCUAAUUUCUUCACUAGCAUAGGUUUUAAUAUGCCGUUCAUCUAUAUCCCUGAUCGUGCCCUGGAAGCUGGAAUAGAUGAAAGUCGUGCUGCCUUUCUGUUGUCUGUGAUAGGUAUUGCUAACACAGUUGGACGUGUUUUAUUUGGAUGGCUGUCUGAUCGUAGUGGUGUCAAUCGACUCAUGUUAUAUAAUACUGCCUUAACUAUUUGUGGUAUUGCUACUGCCUUAAGUCCUUACUGUGGCGGGAAUUAUGCACUUCUGGUUACAUAUUGUGCAGUAUUUGGAUUAUUUAUUGGUGUAUAUGUAUCUUUAACAUCUGUAGUAUUAGUGGAUUUACUUGGUCUAGAUAAAUUGACAAAUUCUUUUGGACUACUUCUCUUAUUUCAAGGAGCAGCUACAUUUAUUGGUCCACCAAUGGCAGGUUGGAUGUAUGAUUGGACUGGAAGUUAUGAUGUAUCUUUUCAAGUAAAUGGGGCUAUGGUGGCAUUCAGUGGAGCUAUGUUAUAUUUUAUUCCAAUGGUAAUACGCUAUAAAGAGAAAAAAUUAGGUAUUAGUACUGUUACAGAGGUUGAUCUUGGAGAUACUUUAUGUUCCCCAGAACCAGAACUUGAUGUUCGUGUAAGAACUCUUUCUGUGUAAAGUUUGUUUUUAAUUUCUUGCAGAUAUUAUGUUUAAAAAUGUAUGAUUUAUUUCUGGUUUCCUCUCACUGCUAAAGACCCCUACCCACAAGUGAAUUGUUGAAAUAAAAUUGAACCAUAGGUUAGUCCUGAAAUGAUCUACAAGAUUGUGUCGAUUGGGCAUUAAAUUCCAUUACACUCUCUGUGUUUGUGUGAUUCUUAUCACAAUUAGUGGUUGCACUAAAUAAAUGUUUCUGCCCAUAUGUCAUAAAAUCUAUUUAGUGUGGGACCACCAGAAUUAGUUCUUACAAUUAUUUCUGUUUAAUAUUAAUCAGAUAUUUUAAAGAAAUUGAAUGUAAUUGACUUCACAGCUUUGAUGAAAAAUAAAGUACAUUGACAAUGUACAUGUACAAAUGUAUCUGUAGAAUGUGAUAAAAUAUUUCAAAAGAAUUUGUUAUUGUUGUUAAAAAUCCUGUAGUUUGUAUAUUUACAUUUGAUAUAUCAGCAUGUCAUAACAAUUUAUGUUACUGUUAUUUGUUAUGGUAUUACUUUAUAUAUUUGUUUAUUUAAUGGAUGUAUAGAUUCAAUAAUUUUAAAUUAUGUUAGUUCAACUAAAGGUACAUUCUCUUACAUUUACACCUCUUUUAAUGUUACAUUUACCCCUUUAAUGGUAACAUUUACUCUUUUUAAGGUUGCAUUUACCUCUUUAAAGGUUAUAUUUACCUCUAUAAUUGUAACAUUUACCUCUUUAUAUUACCUAUUUAAAUACAGUGACAAGUCUAACCCCUGAACUGAAACAAUGGACUUGAAACAAAUGGAUUGUGCAUUUUAAUCUAGGGGAUGGUGGUGAAAUUUUUUUUUACCUCGCCAACCCAUACCCACUUCCAGCCGGACUAGCCUCUCAAACACGACAGGCUCAUAGGGUCUAUUUUUGCAUCACAAGCUAUCCAAUGUGCAUAAUAAACUAUAGAUUUCAUAAAAUAGGUACAUGUAAACACAAGAUCAUAAAGCAUAAAUACAACUUUUUGACAUGAUAUUUAAACCGAAAUGUAGAGAUUGUACCUUUAAGUUCAACUUAAAGAUGAAUUUUGUUUUGAUAUAGAAAUAUGUGAUGUAUGUUUUAAAUGAGCUAGUAGAAUUAGAAAGUAUAUUAAAGUUUGUUAGAGAGAAUUUUACCAUAUUUUUGAUCUUUUAUCUACAUUUUUAUAUUAUAUAUAUAUAUAAUAUAUAUUAUAAAUAUUACACCAUACUGUACAUGUUUUAAUGUAUUGUAAGGGUCUGAAGAUAAAAUUGAAGAUGUUCAAGCAGUCAUAAUAAUAGUAUAUGAAGGCAACCAUGUGUAAUCAUCUCUGGCUAAAUAUGAGAAAUAAAUGAAAAUGCACAUAUGCAUAAUUCUACCUAUUAAAUGGCCCUUAAAUUCAUAAUACACCAUAAUAUUAUUUUCUGAAAAAACACAAUUGGAAAUUACUGACACAAUUAAAACUCAAAAGCCACAAAAAAAGCAAAUUUGGUGCAUUUCUGAUACAUUGGAGAAAUGGAAAUACAAUAUUCUGGAAACUAAAAUUGACAAUUUAUUAUGUUUGUGCCAUACAUGUAUCUGCAAAGAGUAGUAUGUGACAUGUCUUAUUUAGCCAGAGCGGUUGAUGAUUAUUUCACUGUAUAUGUUGGCUGCCGUUAUAUAACAAGUCCAUUCAACGUGAUUGAGAGCCAUGCACCAAUAAAUAAUUAUGUUUUAACGACUUUUGCUUAUACAACAUUUUUGCACAAAAUAUCUGUUAUCAUAUUAUGAUCUUGUCAUAUUUUUUAUGUUAUGUUGAUUGAUACUGAUAGAUAAUAGUUUUGCAAGAUAAAGGCAAUAUUUUAAUCAAAACAUAUCCAUUAAUUAUAAUAUUUGAUUAGCUUUACAUUAUUUUAAAAUCCAUAUGCUUUUGUUAACAAAUCGGAUCCUUUAAAUUCCUACUGGUCUUUGUGUACACAUCCAAUCACUUAAUUUUUGAAUGCUUUUGAGUGUUAUAGUUACAUAUGUGUAAAACAAAUAUCCACAAAGUAUGUCCACUGUAUUAUAGUCAACUUUACUAAAAUUAUUCUAACAUUUUGCUCUGUUCUUUAACUCACUUCAUUAUGUUCAGUAACAAGAAGAUUAUGAUUAGUCAACUCUAGAUCAAUUUAUAAGUCAAAAUUUGUGAAUCAUUUUAAAAUGCUUUUAUUAUCGAGAGGUGGUGGGAUCGUUUGAUUGGCUGUCUCUAACCAAUAUAUAUGAUUCACCCAAUGUUAGUGUCAGUACAAUACAAUUGAUAUUCUGAAAAUGACUGCAUGCAGUCAGGGCAUUAUAAAGAUUAAUUGUUUUUUUGAAAAUAUACCAAUAUGUGCACCAUUUUUGCCUUGCCAAAAAUAUCUACAUUCUUAUAUUUUAAUAUAACAUGGUAUGAAAGAGUAAGAUGAACGAUAUGAAGUUAAAUUUAAGGGAUUUUAUACGCCCACAUGGAAAUGUCGUUGCAUAUUGCCGUCGCCCCCGUCCGUCUGUCGUCCACAAUUUCUUGUGAACACUCUACAGACUACAUUUAUCAUCUGAUUGUUUUGAAAUUAAUAUAUGUUGUUUGUAUUAGUGAUCUAAAGAAGCCUACCUUGUGAAUGCUCGAAGGACAAAAGUUAUUAUCCGAUCUGUAUGAAAUUCAUAUGUCUUGUUUAAAUUAGUAAAACGAACAAGCCUAUUGAGUUUCAGCAAAUUUCUGUUAAUUACAUCUAGAGUUAUGGCCCUUGUUUCACUUUGUUGAAUCUUGUGAACGCUUGAACGACAAAAGUUAUUAGCCAAUCUGUAUGAAAUUCAUAUACAUCAUUUAAAUUAGUGAAAUGAAGAAGUCUAUUGUGUCAGCAAUUUCCAUCAAUUACUUCUAGAGUUAUGGCCCUUGUUUUACUUUGUUGAACCUUGUGAACGUUCGAACGACAAAAGUUAUCAUCCGAUCUGUAUGAAAUUUGUAUGCAUUAUUUGAAUUAGUAAAACGAAAAAGCCUGUCGAAUUUCAACAAUUUCUGUAGACUACUUCCAGAGUUACGGCCCUUGUUUUAGUUUUUAGAAUCUUGUGAACUCUCAAACGGCGAAAAUUAUAAUGUCAUCUGUAUGAAAUUGUCUAUUAAAUGCCCCUAAUUACCUACAAAAGAAUAAAUAUGCGACAACCCUUGUCGACCGCUCGGACGAUUUAGCUGCUGUGGGCGUAUGUUUUGUUGCCUGGCAACCCUAUCUUUUUUUUGAGAACAUGUUAGGUGAAUUUUUUCUAGAGAGUGACAGAUUUUAUUUUUUGAGAAAUCUAGAACUUAUAUUAAGUCUGAUUCCAAACUUUUAUUUAGUCAGAAUCAAAUACUUAUAUUAAGUCGAUGUAGAGAUGUGUGUUUGUUAGAUGUUGUUUUUUUUUUGUGCAGGUAUUUUAUUAAAUAAAAUAAUUAGCAAUAUGUCAACUUUUGACAUUCCAAUCUAGAUUAUUUCAGUGACCCUAUCUCUAUAAAUCAGUCAACAGCUAUAUGCUAGAAUUAUGUGGAUCCCUUAUUAUUAUAAUUGACUCAUUCUAGUUGAUUCUAUAAUAUUGUAGAAUGAAUUUUAUAAGAUGUAUAUUUUUAAGAGCCUGAAACAGAUAACAUUUUACACACAAUAAGUUCAAACCUAGUUGAAGAAAAAUGAACACUAUCAUCCCUUACUACACAAUAAUACUUAUCCAUGAUAAUAUCACACUGUAAUAAAAGUAGGUUAUAUAAUAUACCUGCCAAUUAUCAGUUCAAGAUUGCUGUGCAAUAAACAAUGGGAAUAUUCAUCCCUUUGUUAUGAUGUUAUAUGUAAUAUGUGUAACAGAGAAAAAAAAUAAAGGCUAUCAAAAUGAUCUGUAGAGAGGAAAAACAAUAAGAUAACAUUUGAUGAGGUCGAGCAUUUUAUCUACAGCACUUAUACUCAGUCUCUUCAGACCUGCUUAUCAGUUUUGUUUCAAGUUACAUCACGUUAUCUAUUGAUUAUAUUUACUGUAUAUGGCACUAAUGGAAUUUCUGAUUAAAUUUUAAUGCAAUUUGCUACUUGACUAAAUCAAAAAACCUUAUUUCUUUUGUUGAAUUAUUUGCGAAUUUUCUUAAUACAUUGUUAUGGAGAGGUUGUCAAAAAUGGGUUUAUUGUUAGCUGAGAUGUUAUUAUAUUCAAAUUAUUUGUUUGUAUCUGUAUGGGAUUAUGUAUUGUUUAAAGAAAAUAGGAAAAAAAGAAGCAAAUGUCUAAUUUAAAGCAAUAAAAUCACUAUAUUAUGUAAA